AACGAAACUUCUGUGCGGAAAGGGGUUUUCACAGCAAAACAUCAACAGUUGCUUAUGGCCUAAAAAAUAAAUACGGUCAAUAUAGUUAAGUGAGAACGAACACCUGUGAUUCGUAUCAGGAUGAAUGAAUAUACAAGGCACACGCAGGUUGAGCCGGAAUGGUUUAACAAGUUCGAUCGUGGACAGGAAUGGGUUAACAAGAACAAAAGGUAUGAUCCAUUGCGAGACGUAUAUAUUUAUAACGAGGUCGGAAACAAUUCCAACGAAUCGAAUGAGACGUCGACCGCGUUAAAGGUCGGUUUCCGUGUGUGCUGUAUGACGGCAUUACAGCAUCCGCUGGAUUAUGCCAAAACACUCAUACAGCUCGGAUACGAACCGAUUGCUCCCCGGCCGGGUCGAACUAUAUUAGGUGCGAGACGAAUGAUGCUGCCCAAUAUUUUUCAAUACGCGUACCACAUCGGCACCGUCGAUGGGUUCACGGGAUGCUUCCGAGGGCUUAGCGCCAAACUGGUCGGAAAUGUCCUUAGCUCGUUCUACGGCGAAAAGCUGGCCAUCGGUUUGGGGCUAGUAGCCUCCGAAGAAAAGCGGAAGCACAGAGAGGAGAAUGAUUUUAUUUGGUUCCUCUCUAAUGUACAAAGUCAUGUCGCAGUGCACUUUGCCGGUAUCGUCAUUUCUCAACCGUUCCACGUUAUUUCUACUCGCAUGAUGGCCCAGUUCGUAGGCCGGGAGCAACUAUACAGUGGAUUGUGGCAAUCGGUAAAGGAAAUUUGGCAAACAGAGGGCAUUAAAGGAUUUUUUUCAGGCAUCGUGCCCCGUUUGAUCGUUGAGCUUGGAUGUAUAGUAAUUCCCAGCACGAUAACUUACCUGUUCUGUCGGUACAUCGAACAGAGUCGUACGCUCCGGAAAAGCGUGAGUUCGAUUGCUCAAAUCACCGUCAAGAGCUGGCUUUAUCCUUACCAUGUCGUGUCGACCUGCAUGAUCGUGAACGGCUCAAGGUUGAAGGCGGGCAAUCCACCGUUGAUGGAUAAUUUCGUCGGAUGGCAUGAUUGUUACCGUCACCUGUUGAUGACCAACGACCACAAGCGUGGUCUUUCAUUCUUUUUCCGCAAAGCACCGCCAGCCAAACUGAACGGUUCCACAUUAGUGAUGGAAAAAUCGGUUCCACAACCGGAGCCGGCUCCGACGAACUCCAGCAAAUUUUGGAACCGACUAUAGGCUCCGAACUAACGGCUCAGGUUUGAAUCACGACCAAGGUGCCUACGAAUAUAGAGGUUUUACUAUCGUUUUUCG